AUGGACAACAUCUGCGAGAUUCUACAAGCCAUUCAUAUUGGUUCAGUGGUUGCAACUUUCCUUUUGAACACUGGACGCAUUAUAAAAGCAGUAGACUUCUUUAACGAAUGUUUGGUGCUCCUUAACGACAAAGCCCUAGAUACAAUCAAAGAACUCACCACACCCCUUGUUAUCCAUGUAUACCAUGAACUCCUUGAUGGUUAUACUCUUAUGUACGAUCACGACCGUGCGAUAGAAUGUGGUAAAAAACUUCACGAGACACUACACAAUAGUGGCCAAAAUGAAGAAGAAGGGAUAGUAUUACUUAAACUAGCGGACAUCUACAAUCAAAGAAGCGAAUACGAGAAAGCAAAACAGUUUUAUGAGAAGACACACAGCAUCAUGAUUGAGACUGGAAACAAUCGCGGAGUUGCAACAUGUUACGGAAACCUAGGAACUGUGUUUCUUUCUCUUGGUCAAUAUAGCAAGGCAGAAGAAUACUUUCAGAAAGCACUAGUGAUUAAACAAGAAAUCGGUGACAAAAAAGGAGAAGCAACAGCUUACGGAAAUCUGGGAACUGUGUUCCAAUCUGUUGGUCAAUAUUCCAAGGCCGAAGAAUACCUUCAGAAAGCACUAGUGAUCAGGAAAGAAAUCGGCCACAAAAAAGGAGAAGCAUCAGAUUACGCAAAUCUAGGAACUGUCUUUUCAUCUGUUGGUCAUUAUACCAAAGCAGAAGAAUACCUUAAAAAAGCACUAGUGAUCAGGAAAGAAAUCGGUGACAAACAAGGAGAAGCAAAAGCUUACGGAAAUCUGGGAAAUGUGCUUUUAUCUGUUGGUCAAUAUUCCAAGGCUGAAGAAUACCUUCAAAAAGCAUUAGUGAUCAGGAAAGAAAUCGGUGACAGAGAAGGAGAAGCAUCAGAUUACGGAAAUCUAGGAAAUGUGUUUUUAGCUGUUGGUCAAUAUUCCACGGCUGAAGAAUACCUUAAAAAACAACUAGUGAUCAUGAAAGAAAUCGGUGACAAAAAAGGAGAAGCAUCUGCAUACGGAGGUCUAGGAACUCUGUUCCAAUCUGUUGGUCAACAUUCCAAGGCUGAAGAAUACCUUCAAAAAGCACUAGUGAUAAGUGAAAAAAUCGGUGACAAAGAAGGAGAAUCACUAGUUUACGGAAAUCUAGGAGGUGUGUUUUUUUCUGUUUGUCAAUAUUCCAAGGCUGAAGAAUACCUUCAAAAAGCACUAGUGAUCAGGAAAGAAAUCGGUGACAAAAAAGGAGAAGCAUCUGCUUACGGAAAUCUAGGAGCUGUGUUCCAUUCUUUUGGUCAAUACACCAAGGCUGAAGAAUACCUUCAAAAAGCAGUGACGAUCAAAGAAGAAAUCGGGGACAAACGUGGUGUUGGAGCUUCAUACUUAAAUCUGGGAAAACUUUGUCGAGAAUUUCAGCUUAAUGCUAAGAGUCAAGAAUUUGUUAAUAAAGCACUUGAGAUAAGUUACGAAAUAGGGGACAUUGAAAUGCAGUUUAAAAGCCACCUUGCCAUUGCUAUGAACGCGUUAGUGACAGGAGGAAGCACAACUGAACUUCUUCGAAAUCUGUAUGAAAGCAUUCAGAAGUGCGAAGACAUGCAUGAUUUUUUAAUGGUGAAAGAUCAGUUCAAAAUUUCUUUUUUCGAUGAGCAUGUGUCCCCUUACCUUCAUCUUUGUAGGUUUUUGAUUGCUACAGGCAGUUGUUAUGAAGCUCUUUAUGUUGCUGAGCUUGGACGGUCCAGAGCACUUGCAGACAUCCUUUCAGAUAAGUACUCUGUGGAAAAAGAGGUAUCAGUCAACCCACAGUCAUGGAUUGGUAUUGAGAAUAUCAUGGACAAAAAUGCACUCAGUUCUUGUCUUUAUGUUUCCUGCCUCGGUGAUAAUAUGUUUUUUUGGAUUCUUAAGCCAAACAAAAGCGUGGUGUUUCGACAAACGAAACUGAAAGAAAGUGCAGAUCAAGUGUUUGGAAAUGAAAAAAUUGGUGGCUCUCGAGAAUUGCGUCAAGAACAAUGCGAAGAUCGAUCAUUCUUCUCUUCAUACGAAAGCUCCUUGGCUAAAUGCCGUGCACCUCAGGAGGGCGGCACUGCAACUUUGCGUUUGGUGGAAGAGGAUAAAGACACUCCAUCCCUAGGUGAUGGUUACAAUAUGAUCGUUACUCCUGUAGCUGAUUUACUCGAGGAACCAGAAAUCAUCAUUAUUCCUGAUCCCUUGUUGUACAGAAUUCCUUUUGCUGCAUUAACGAAUGACAAAGUCAAGGAAGAAACAAAGUACCUAUCAGACACACAUAGGAUUCGAAUUGUCCCUUCCUUGACGACUCUAAAGUCGAUUCAGCUCAGUUCUGCCGACUACCAUAGUGAAACCGGUGCGCUAAUCGUAGGAGACCCAGAAGUUCGUGAUGUAUACUACCAAGGAGAACUCCUAAAAUUAGAAAAAUUGCCUUGGGCAAGAAAGGAAGCACAGAUGAUUGGGCGACUGCUUGGUGUUAAGCCUUUGGUCGGAAAUGAUGCAAGAAAGCAGACAGUCCUAGAAAAAAUGCCGUCAGUAAGUCUCAUUCACCUUGCUGCUCAUGGUGAUGCCGAACGUGGAGAAAUCGCUCUUUCUCCUACAAGCUCGUGCGGUGCUCCUCACGAAGAAGACUACUUAUUGACAAUGGCUGAAAUUUCACAAGUUCGACUGACAGCCAAGCUGGUCGUCCUCAGUUGCUGUCACAGUGCAAGUGGCCAGAUUAGAGCUGAGGGAGUUGUUGGAAUCGCCCGAGGAUUUCUAGCAUCGGGUGCCCGCGCUGUGCUGGCAGCACUGUGGGCUAUAGAUGACGAAGCUACUAUGCAGUUCAUGAAUCGCUUUUACGACCACCUUGUUCAUGGUGAAAGUGCAAGUGAAUCGCUUCACCGGGCCAUGAAGUGGAUGAAAGAGAAUAACUUUUCUGACGUCAGGCUGUGGGCGCCGUUUAUGCUGAUUGGAGACGAUGUGUCAUUUAAAGGUUUGUAUUUGAUACCGUUUUAG